AUGGAGAGGCAGCUUGUGAUCCUUCUCUUCCUACUCAGCUUCUUGUCUAUAUGCGACGGCUUCAGCAUCGCGAUAAAUAGGGCCUUCAAAAUCCCUCUUAAUCCGGGACAACCGAAUACUCCCGCGCCUUCUUUCGACGACUGUACUCCAAGAAUUGAUAGCUUUAUCCAGCAGGCAUUCGCAGAUGCUGUCGACCAUGCCACGGCCGCUCGUGACAUUGUUAAUAGAGGAAGCCGCGCACCUCGCUUCACCAACCUCUACGAUAAGUUAUUCACCGACACCACAGUCGAAAACGGUCGUCCCGCGCCAUUCGAUAUUGCGGACAAAUACGACGACAUCGUCGCCGGCCGAAGUCUUCCAGGCGUGAUCACGGUACACUGCACUGAGGACUGGGCCCAGGCGCUCUUCAGCUUGAGGUCCAAAGCCGGGCUGUCUAAUACGUUUGUGGGAUGCGGAGAUGAGAAUAUAGCCACCGUCUUCACCAUCGAGUCUCAUGCAACUGGUUCUGCCGUCACAUGGGGAUUCGGUGGUUCCAGCGAUGCCUUCAGCACCGGGACGCACAUAUUGCUCUGCCCCUCCUUUUUCGACUUCCCCAACCUCAGUAACCUCAAGCCCGCCGCUGUCGGCAGGCGGAUUGAUGAGCAGAGAACCCAAGGGAUGGUAUUGCUACAUGAGCUGUUCCACAUCACCUCUAGGGACAUACUCGACGGUGGUUACGGCUACCAAGGAUGUGUGAACGUCGCCAAUGGAGUUUACCCGGAUCCACGCCUGAAGCGUGUCAAGCCCACAUUCAACGCCGACACCUAUGCCCUGUUCUCGCUUGCUUGCGUGCCGAACGGGAACAUGGAUCAGUUUGACUGGACUACUGGUGUAGCUGUGAACGCGUAG